CCCAUGAAAGAGGCUCUCCGUUCCUGCCGAGUAUUCACACGAUCGGGAGACAGACGUGAACUCACAGAGGGUGGAAACUUAACAUCGACAAGCUUUUAAGAAGACAACCAGCAAGGACUCUUUACGUCAACGCGUACCUACACUGGGUUGAAUUAUGCUAGGAUCGGUUUUUGGUUCUGGAAUCUGCAUAUUCCGUGGAGGAUGCUUUGGAAGAGUUGAAUGAUCAGAAGAAGAAAUGAAGAGCGAAAUCCUAAGCUGUACACAUGACGACAUAUAUUUCUUGGAAACAAAUGACAAAACAAGGGGUGCGAACAUAACGAACAUUUUUGUUUCCAACCCUGAAAAGCAAAUAUCCAAAUGCAAAACGAAGAGGAAACUGAAAAAUAAAUUUCAUCCGACAUUAGAGUUUUUCGCCGGAACGGAGACGUCGAAAACUACAAUGCCAUCAAAAGCGUCAAGAAGCGUCGCUGUAGCGAAUAACGGAAACGACCGACGAUUAGAUAGUGAAAAUUGCAACCAUUCACUGUCGACGCGGAUGAAAUCGUCCCUGGAAGAUAUUCCUAACAAGUCGUCGCGACGGCAUAGUUUGGAGAUGUACGAAGAAGCCGCAAACAUGCUCGGAUUAAGCUGUUCUCAAACCAACAAUUGUCGGUGUAUAGAAUGCCAAUGCCAUUACUUCGACUAUAACGAAGAAAUCGAUUUCGAGGACGAAAGCGAUUAUUUGGUGGACCACGCGUCAGCCUGCACGAUCCAAUAACACCCCCAACGAUCAGCCAUAACUGAAUGGUGGAAACACUUCUAAAUAACAUUGACACUUUAUGCCUUUUAUAUUCUUCUUAUGAUGUGAAAUUUAAAUAACGUUUAACUUAUUAUAAUUAUUGUAAAUAAAGUUGUG